AUGGUGAUUUACCUUUUCAUGGCGCGUACACGUAUGACCCAGCUGGAUAUGAUGACUGGCUUGAACGCUCGGACAUUGCGUACCAUUGUACAAGGCCUCUACUAUGUCAUGGAGCAAGAUCUAACUAUGGAUGACGUAAAAGUUGGUGGAAAGGAUCCCGAGACCAAUGAACGAAUUAUCGUGGAGAUCGAUGAAAGCAAGUUUGGGAAACGCAAGGAUAACCGUGGUCAUCCCGUUGAUGGCGUUUGGGUCGUAGGCGGUGUUGAACGCACACCGGAACGCAAGGCAUUCAUGAUGGUGGUUCAAGAUCGUAGUGCUCACACAUUGCAGGAGAUUGCCAAGCGAUUCGUGUUGAAAGACUCUCACAUCAACACCGAUUGCUGGUCAGGAUACAAUCGUCUUGAUGAAAUACCUGAUAUGAAUUAUGUUCAUUUUCCUGUUAACCAUUCGGAAAACUUUGUUGAUCCAGUGCAUGGUACUCAUACAAACACGAUUGAAGGUACUUGGAAUGGUAUCAAGCAAAAUGUCACGGCGCGACAUCGCACAAAGAAGAUGAUGCCUUGGAAACUGGUCGAAUUCAUUUGGAGGCGCAAGCACGAUGACGACUGGU